AUGGUACAACACGAACAACACCCCAACACUCACCAGGCGAUUGCUCUGCGCAGUCGGCCAGAACCUAUGGUUAUCGAGGAGACUAGAGAAGCACCUCAAAGAUACGCGCCGCGCCGUUACACCAUCCAAUCUGCAAACUCACCCCUGUGCGCGGACAUUCUGGAAGAACCGAUGGAGAAAUUGAAGUUCCCACUCUACAAGUAUGACGGAUCCACCGAUCCAGAGGUCCAUUGCAACACAUUCGAGCAACAUAUGAUGCUGUAUACAGAUUCCGAUGCCAUGUGCUGCAAAGUGUUUCCCUCCACACUGCUGGGAGUGGCGUCCGGGUGGUAUAAGGGAUUACCAAAGGGGUCAGUAUACAAUUACCGGCAGUUGGAAGCAGAGUUCAUGCUCCGGUUUAUCAGUCGGCAGCAGAGAAAGAAAACGUCAGGAGAACUGAUGGCAGUCACCCAAAAGAGCGGAGAGUCCUUGAGAGAUUACCUCACCAGGUUCAACAACGAAUCCACCAGCAUACUAAACUUGCAACAAGAGAUAGCCGUGGUGGCCCUGAUGAGAGGAAUGAACCACUGCGAGUUCAAAAAAUACUUGGGAAGGAAAUCCUUCACGGAUCUGGGAAGCGCACUGGUGAAGGCCCAUGAAUACAUCAAAAGUGAUGAACUGAUGACAAUCUCAAACCAUUAUCAGUCGGCACCGACUAGAUAUGUCGCGCCUAGGCUGGCUCAGCCGGCGCUGCAAAAUCAGAACAGGGGAUUUAGGAAGGAUGAUCAGAGGAGGGACCUCCGAGGGAGAGAUCACCGGAAACAGUCAACCAGCACCUACCCCACUUUCCAUGAAUACACCCCCUUGAAUGCCCCAAGAGCCGCAAUUUACAAUGUCAACAAGAACGAAAACUGGAAGAGGCCUCCACCAAUGAGCGACAAACCCAGACCACAGUCGAAGUACUGUGCAUUCCAUGACGAUUGUGGGCACUAUACGGAAGACUGCAGAGAUUUGAAAGAUAACAUAUAA